CUUCCAAGGUCUGCGAUUUUUCAUCUCCCAACUCUCUCUACGUUUUUCUUUCGAUUUUGAAUCUCUUUCUCUGAUCUUGUUCGGAUUUCUUCAGAUUGAACAAGCGCUUGUGAUCUUUCUGUCACAAAUCCGGUGCGAUGGGUCAGAUCCAGUACUCUGAGAAAUACUUUGAUGAUAUCUAUGAGUACAGGCAUGUCGUGCUUACUCCUGAUGUGGCGAAACUUCUGCCCAAGAAUCGCCUUCUUUCUGAGAAUGAAUGGCGAGCGAUUGGGGUUCAGCAGAGCCGUGGAUGGGUGCAUUAUGCAAUUCACCGCCCAGAGCCGCACAUAAUGCUGUUCAGGAGGCCACUCAACUAUCAACAGCAGCAAGAGAAUCAAGCUCAGCAGCAGAUUCUGGCGAAGUGAUAGGUUUAUUAUCUUUAUUCUCUAGAAACACUAUAUUUUGUCUAGAACACUAAUGGAAUCUCUCCCUACAAAUCAAAAGAAGAAAAAAAUCAGGAAGCUCUGUGGCCCAGUGAGAUCUCUGUCAUAGUCAUAAGCCCUCAUUGAUCUUGAAUUUGUGGUUUUAUAUUGCUUUGGUAUAAAAAUAUGGUUUUAUCCUCUUCUGUUCUUCAUGCCUGGCAUCAAUUACUUCUGAUUUUAUUGUUGA